GUGUUGCGGACCCGCACCCCGGAAAACUUUGAGACAGUCUUCUAAGCUAGGUCAACACCUCUUCACCUCUUCUCCUCUUCUUAACGCUUCAACGCUCAAUCCUAACUCAAGAAUGGCAUUCUGUUCCCUUUGUAUAUAUUCCCCACCGUAAGGAAAUGGCACCCGGCCUGGUGCGGAAGGUCCUCGUCUUUGCAGCCAUCGAUGGACUCGUCUUGCAGCCGCUGGGUUCUCGAGGGCAGCGAACCAUCCCCGCAGCAAAGAUCGCUUACAAAGAUAACACCAUUGGGCCCGUUCUGGCGGAUGGAGUGGAAAGUGAUGAGGCUGGGAAGAGUUUUGAGGCCUUUGGAGUCGUCGGUCUACUAAAAGUCUCGAAAUUCUCUUUUCUCAUAUCAAUAACCAGACGACAGCAGGUUGCACAGAUUCAAGGGAAACCUAUCUACGUUGUCACCGAAGUAACAUUAACCCCCCUCGCAUCUCAUUCAGAAGCCGAAGCCUCGAUCAUAAAUACCCAAGCUGCGAUCCAGCGAAGGGCCGCUGGCGGGCAUGGCCUAGGUGAGAGUGACACGGAUGGGGACGAUGAAGAGUUCUCGGCCGCCAUCAGUGAAGAUGUGGACGAUGAAGGCGUACAGCCGCCUCCUGCAGACACUUCUUCCGCUUCCAGUGGCCACCAAAGAACAAGCAGCGUUGCUGAAGACGUCAUGAAGAGAAAAGGGUCAUAUGGCCGAUUUGCACAGAAAUGGUUCUCCCGAAAAGGCUGGGCUGUUGACCAAAGGCGGAAUCUUGGGAUGGCCGUAUCAGAGUCGGGCAUUAGUACACCAGAUGGGAACGAAUCCGGAAAAGUUGAGACACCAGGACAGGAUGUAACAUUCUCGGAUUCCGACAAGAAUAAUGAUACGAGCAUAAGGGACCAGCAAGUCAGUGAUGUUGCUGCGAAGCUGUUGCCAAAGUUGCUUCGAACCACGCAAAUCCUGUUUGGCUCGAGCCAAAGUUUCUUCUUCUCAUACGACUUUGAUAUCACGAGAAGCUUGAUGAACCGGAGGCCGACAAAUGAUUUACCACUCCAUACACAAGUCGACCCGACGUUCUUCUGGAAUCGAAAUAUUAUAGAGCCAUUUAUCGAUGCAGGCCAAACUUCUCUGGUCCUGCCUCUCAUGCAAGGUUUUGUCGGGCAACAGUCUUUUGAAAUGGAUUCUGAUCCUCCUAAGCCAGUCAUUGGUCUAGACGGGGAUGUGAAGUCUUCAAUGGAACUUGUCGACAUGUCCGCUGGGCGUGGUCAUUUAGAGUCCAUUGACGAUUCAGAUUCUUUUAGAUCUAGUGGAGCAAGCAAGUCCAUGAAAUCAUUCUUGUUGACCCUUAUUUCUAGGCGAUCUGUCCAACGUGCCGGCCUUAGAUAUUUGCGUCGGGGUAUAGACGAAGAGGGAUUUACGGCGAAUACCGUCGAGACAGAACAAGUUCUAUCUGAUAGCUCUUGGACUCCGUCAAACAAAAUCUACUCCUUUGUGCAGAUUCGUGGGAGCGUGCCAAUUUUUUUCUCGCAAUCCCCCUAUUCAUUCAAGCCGGUGCCCCAACUACAGCAUUCGGAGGAUAUGAAUUAUCGAGCAUUUGUCAAACAUUUCACGAGGCUUUCCGAGUUGUAUGGAAAUGUCCAGAUCGCGUCAUUGGUAGAGAAACAUGGAAAUGAAGCUAUUGUUGGGGAGUCUUAUGAGAUGUACUUGAGCAGGUACAAUGAAGCAAAGCGUAACGAAGAUUCGCCUGUGGGUUUCGAGUGGUUUGACUUCCAUGCGGUAUGCCGAGGAAUGAGAUUUGAGAAUGUCAGCUCUCUCUUUGAAGAAAUAGGCAAGACUCUCGACGAGUUCGGCGAUACAGUCCAAGUUGAUGGGAAGCUCUUGAGGAAACAGACCGGUGUCCUGAGAACCAACUGCAUGGACUGUCUCGACCGAACCAAUGUCACCCAAAGUGCAUGUGGGAGAAGGGUGUUGGAAUUACAGUUGAAAAGUGAAGGCAUUGACAUGUCUCUUCAAGCUGAUCAGACUACACGGUGGUUUAAUACACUUUGGGCUGAUAAUGGGGACUCGAUCUCAAAGCAGUACGCUUCGACUGCAGCUAUGAAGGGUGACUUCACUAGGAACAGGAAGAGAGACUUUCAAGGGGCUUUGAAAGACAUGGGGAUAUCUAUCUCUAGGUUCUACAGUGGCAUUGUCAAUGAUUAUUUCAGUCAAGCAGCGAUCGACUUCCUUUUGGGAAACGUCUCCUCCGUCGUCUUCGAAGAGUUUGAAUCCAACCUUAUGAGUGGCGACCCAGCAGUAUCAAUGCCAAAACUGCGAGAACAAGCCAUCGAAAUGUGUCAAAAAAUUUGUGUGCCAGAUGAGCACGAAGAGUUAGUCGGUGGCUGGACCCUCUUAACUCCACAGACCCCAGAUACUGUCAGGUCAUCGCCAUUUGAGGAGUCGGUCUUGCUCCUCACAGACGUAGGACUCUAUUCUUGCAGAUUCGAUUGGAAUCUCGAGAAAGUUUCUUCUUUUGAACGAGUAGAUCUUCAGCACAUUUCUUCCAUCAGAUAUGGAACAUACAUUACUUCAACGCUAUCGGCUGCCCAGGCUGACGAGCAGCGAAAUGUCGGAAUUGCUGUGACCUAUUCCGCUGGAGCAGACGACAUCACUCGGGUUAACUCUCGAUCAUUGUCAAAUAUCCAAACAAGAAACGAGGCAGGUUUGCUUGGCGGAACGUCCCUCGUCUCCCAGCCUUCUUCUGCUCUGGAAAAAUUGAUAGGCAGACCAGCUGCUCCUGUGACUCGAGUUUUGGCAUUGAAAGCAUUAUCCACGCGGUCUGCGGUGGCUGCUGGGAAUGAGACACAAAUGAGUGAGAUCGAACAAGUCAAGGCGAUCUGCUCCGAGAUCGAGAGAAUGAUUCUCCAUGGCCAAGUGGUGGAGGUUGGCACGGAAAGAAAGAGCAUUGUGGAAAGCGCUGAUAUUAUAUCUCUUUCUGAAGCGAGGAAGAGCACAGGAUUAUUGGAGCAGUUGGGACAUAGUCUGAAGAAACUCGUCUGGGCGUAACCUGAUGUACAUAUAAUGGGUUUGAGGCCUGGCGAGCAGUAUCUAGAAGCGACCACACAGAACAAGUAAUAGAUCCAGGUUAAAGGUCGUAGCGUUUAUGAAAAUAAACUUCUAGGCAUAUUCUC